GGCGCCGCUCCCGCCGCUCGGCCGCCAGCGCGGCGCGGGCCGCAGCCCUCAAGUUCCGCCGCUCCAGUCGCCGCCGCUGCCGCCGCCGCCCAGGCGCCCGGUGCCGCCGCCGUCCUUUCCCCCGCCUCCCUCCUUCCCGCCCGCUCCGGCCGCCCCGGCCCCUUCACCCGCCGGGGCCCGUCGGCCCGGGCCCGGCCAUGGCCACCAAGAAGGCGGGCUCGCGGCUGGAGACGGAGAUCGAGCGGUGCCGCUCGGAGUGCCAGUGGGAGCGGAUCCCCGAGCUCGUCAAGCAGCUCUCGGCCAAGCUCAUCGCUAACGAUGACAUGGCAGAACUUCUUCUUGGGGAGUCCAAGCUAGAACAAUUUUUGAAGGAAAACGCUCUUAAACAGAGUAGUAGUCCACGGGGCCCCCGGCCAAAGCUGACUGAGGUCAGGAAACAUCUCACGGCAGCACUUGAUAGGGGAAACCUAAAGCCAGAAUUCCUACAAGAAGCUAACCUAAUUAUGGCCAAAUUAAACUAUGUGGAAGGUGAUUACAAAGAAGCUCUGAACACAUAUGCUAGAGUUGGAGUUGAUGACUUGCAGCUAGCUGCAGUGCCACCAUAUAGGCUACGGAUGAUUGCUGAAGCGUAUUCUACUAAAGGUCUCUGUCUUGAGAAGUUGCCAAUUUCUUCUUCGGCUAGCAACCUCCAUGUGGACCGUGAACAAGAGAUUGUUACGUGCUAUGAGAAGGCUGGGGAUAUUGCUCUCCUGUACCUUCAGGAGAUAGAACGGAUAAUUAAUGCCAAUAUACAAAACAGAAGCCCUAAGCCAGGGCCCACUGCACAUGAACAAGAACUUGGGUUUUUCUUGGAAACGGGACUUCAGAGAGCACAUGUUUUAUAUUUCAAGAAUGGGAACUUGACGAGAGGAGUUGGUAGAUUUAGAGAGUUACUAAGAGCUGUUGAAACAAGAACUACACAAAAUCUGCGAAUGACGAUAGCAAGGCAACUGGCUGAAAUUUUGUUACGAGGCAUGUGUGAACAGAGUUAUUGGAAUCCACUGGAAGAUCCUCCCCACCAAUCACCCCUAGAUGAUCCACUUCGAAAAGGUUCAAAUACUAAGAAUUACACGCUCAGUAGAAGACCGCGGGUAUACACUGGAGAAAACAUCUUUUGUCCUCAAGAAAAUACAGAAGAAGCCUUACUGUUGCUGCUUAUUAGUGAAUCUAUGGCCAACCGUGAUGCUGUACUGAGCAGAAUACCAGAACACAAAAAUGAUCGUAUCAUCAGUUUGCAAAGUGCAUCUGUAGUCUAUGAUUUGCUUACUAUAGCCUUGGGAAGAAGAGGCCAAUAUGAAAUGCUCUCAGAGUGUUUAGAAAGAGCCAUGAAGUUUGCGUUUGAAGAGUUCCAUCUCUGGUAUCAAUUUGCAUUGUCCUUGAUGGCAGCAGGAAAAUCUGCUCGAGCUGUUAAAGUCUUGAAGGAAUGUAUACGUUUGAAACCAGAUGAUGCAACUAUUCCACUCCUUGCUGCAAAGCUAUGUAUGGGAUCUCUCCACUGGUUGGAAGAAGCUGAAAGAUUUGCCAAAACAGUUGUUGAUCUUGGGGACAAAACAUCAGAGUUUAAAGCAAAAGGCUACUUGGCACUGGGAUUGACUUACAGUCUGCAGGCUACUGAUGCAUCUUUGCGAGGGAUGCAAGAGGUCUUGCAGAGAAAGGCUCUUCUUGCAUUUCAGAGGGCUCACAGUUUGUCUCCAACGGAUCAUCUGGCAGCAUUUUACUUGGCACUGCAGCUUGCCAUAUCCAGACAGAUACCAGAAGCUUUGGGUUAUGUUCGACAGGCUCUGCAACUACAAGGAGAUGAUGCCAACUCUCUUCAUCUCCUUGCACUCUUGCUAUCAGCCCAGAAACACUAUCAUGAUGCUUUGAAUAUCAUUGAUAUGGCCUUGAGUGAAUAUCCAGAAAAUUUUAUAUUACUGUUUACAAAAGUCAAAUUGGAGUCCCUGUGCAGAGGCCCAGAUGAAGCACUCCUUACCUGUAAACACAUGCUCCAGAUUUGGAAAUCCUGCUACAAUCUCACUAACCCAAGUGAUUCCGGACGUGGGAGCAGCCUCUUAGACAGAGCUAUUGCUGAUAGACGACAGCUUAAUACAAUUACAUUACCAGAUUUCAGUGAUCCUGAAACAGCCUCUGAUACUUCCUCAUCUUCUCUCUCAAGAACUGAGUCUCCUCUCCAACUGUUUGUAUCUUCUCAUCUUCCUCAUCCUCAUCCUAAACCAGAUACCUUUGUCUGGCCCCAUGCAGCCUCUCCAUACUGUGACCAAGUUCCUGAGCCCUGUACACCUUCUCGCUGCAAUCCAUCAGAUGCUUACUUUCAUGGUUUUUACUCCCUUUUUUCAGUUUGUUCAGUCCAUGCCACAUCAAUAGCAGCUUCCAGAGUGGAGCAAGCACUGUCUGAGGUUGCUUCAUCUCUGCAAAGCAGUGCCCCUAAACAAGGUCCCCUGCAUCCUUGGAUGACUCUGGCUCAAAUAUGGCUUCAUGCAGCUGAAGUCUACAUAGGAAUUGGGAAGCCUGCUGAGGCCACAGCGUGUACCCAGGAAGCAGCUAAUCUCUUUCCGAUGUCGCACUAUGUCCUCUACAUGAGAGGUCAGGUGGCUGAACUUCGUGGAAAUAUCGAUGAAGCCAAACGCUGGUAUGAAGAGGCCUUAUCUAUUAGUCCUACCCAUGUGAAAAGCAUGCAGAGGCUGGCUCUGAUACUUCACCAGCUCGGGCGCUAUAGCUUGGCAGAGAAGAUUCUCAGAGAUGCUGUCCAGGUGAAUUCCACGGCCCAUGAGGUCUGGAACGGCCUGGGAGAGGUGCUGCAGGCUCAAGGCAAUGAUGAUGCCGCAACCGAAUGCUUCCUGACGGCGCUGGAGCUUGAAGCUAGUAGUCCUGUGGUCCCUUUUACCAUCAUUCCCAGAGUCCUUUAAGAGGGCAUCUUGAUCAACCGAUUUUGGUCUGACUUCUGGGUGAGGAAACCCAGUGUAUCAGGCUGCCUGGUAACUGGUUAGUUUGGCAAACUUUAGAGCUGCAGGUAGCAAACUCGUCUUUUGCAGGAAAGUGGCCAAAACAGUGACGUGAUGCAAUAUAGUAAUGUUAGACUGAGAGGACAAAACGGCUAGCCAGAACCAAAUCACUCAUAUCGCCUACACUUUUGCCCUGGUAGUUUUAAAACAUCAUUAUAUUGUUCAUGGAUGAUGUGCCAUAUUUUGUUAGUGAUACUUGAGUGUUACUUAAAAUUGUAAUGGAAUCAACUACCAAAUGUAGAGUAAGUUAAAAUUCAGUGGCAGAGCAGACUAUUUUUAACAAGGCUGUUAAUAAAACUGUUCUCUUCCUGCCUCUCAACCUCUUUUGGCCCCAAGUCAAAAUGUGAAUUCUCUGUUUCCAUCUCUAUUUUAGUCCAGGCCAGAAAAUCAGUUGAGUUCUUGUUUUUAGUUGUUAAUAACUGUGAUGUGUGGCUAACUGUUAUCUCUAUUUAGAGCAAAGGCUGAGUACAAGAAUAUUUAUAUUUUACCAAUGUAUGCCUGUUACAAAAAAUAUAUUAGUUAUUUAAGUUUAACUUUUUUAUGUGAAUUCAGAGUUUAUUUAUCAAUGGAAAUAUGUAAAAAGAAGCCUCAAAUGGAAUAUUUACCGACAUUCCUUAUACAUGACCCACACUUGGCUAAAUGGGAAGAUUAUGUUAAUAAUAAAAUGAUUUUUAAAUGGAA